AUGGCUUCAUCAUCAUCUUCUUCUUCUUCCAGAGUUUCUAAAAAAUAUCAUGUUUUUCUUAGCUUUAGAGGUGAGGAUACACGUGACAACUUUACAAGCCAUCUCUAUGCAGCUCUGUGUUCAAAGAAUAUCAACACUUUCAUAGACGAUGAUAAGCUUGAUAAAGGAGAUGAAAUUUCAGAAGCACUUUUGAAUGCGAUCGAAGAAUCAAUGAUCGCAGUUAUUGUCUUCUCGAAAGGUUAUGCCACAUCUAGAUGGUGCCUUGAAGAACUUGCAAAGAUCAUUGAAUGCAAGAAAACGAGAGAUCUGAUGGUAGUGCCAGUUUUCUAUCACGUGGAUCCAUCAGAUGUAAGGAAUCAAACUGGAACAUUUGGAGAAGCAUUUGUGAACCAUGAAGAAAAGCAGAACUCAGAGAAGGUGAUGAGAUGGAGGAAUGCUUUGAAUGGAGCAGCUAAUCUGUCCGGAUUUGAUUCAAGUAACAUUAGGCCUGAAGCUGUGUUAAUAAGGGAAAUUGUCAAAAAAAUAUUGAAAGAAUUGAAUAAAAUGUCCCCGAGUAAAAACAAGGACCUCGUUGGGAUAGAAUCAAAAAUAGAGAAACUUGAAUCGCUAUUAUGUCUUGAGUUAAAAGAUGUUUGCAGGAGUGUUGGGAUUUGGGGAAUGGGUGGUAUAGGCAAGACAACUCUUGCUAGUGCAUUAUUCACCAAAAUCUCAAGUCAAUUUGAGAGUGUCCACUUUCAAAAUGUCAGGGAAAAGUCGGAAAAAUUUGGAUUAAUUUGUUUGGGUGAAGAUCUUCUCUCUGCAAUAUUAGAAGAUCGAUGGGCUGUUUUAGAGUCCACCUUCACCAAAAGCAGGUUUCACAAUAACAAAGUUCUCAUUGUUUUUGAUGAUGUGACAAGUUCAAAGCAAAUAAAAAAGUUACUUGGAGAUCUUGAAUGUUUUGGUCCUGGAAGUCGAUUCAUUAUUACAUCAAGAGAUAAACAAGUGCUUAAAAAUUGUGGAGUAAGUCAUGGUAACAUAUAUGAGGUUGAAGGAUUACCAUUUAAUGAAGAUCUUAUACUUUUUAGUCGUCAUGCAUUUAAACUGGAUCAUCCCCCUACAGAUUACAUGGAUCUAUCAAUAAGGAUAAUAAAAUUUGCUAAAGGUGUUCCAUUAGCUCUUGAAGUUUUGGGUUCUUCACUAUUUGAGAAGAAAAAAUCAGAAUGGGAAAGUGCAUUGAUUAACCUAGAAAAAAAUUCAAAUCCAAAUACAGAGAUCCAAGAUGUGCUGAAAAUAAGUUAUUAUGGGCUUGAUGAUCAAGAGAAAGAUAUAUUUCUAGAUAUAGUAUGCUUUGUUAAGGGAUUUGGAAGAAAUAUUGCAAUGGAAAUCCUUGAUGGUUAUUCUUUUGAUUCCAAAAUGGGAGUACAGAAUCUCAUUGACAAGUCUCUUAUAACUAUAGAUUAUUCUGACAAGUCUUUUAUAACUAGAGAUUAUUCCGAUUGUAUACAAAUGCAUGAUUUGUUACAAAAAAUGGGAGGGAAAAUUGUCAAGCAAGAACCUAAAGAUAAACGCAGCAGAUUAUGGUGUCAUGAUGAUAUCUAUGAUGUGUUAAGAAGAAACACGGGAAGUGAAGCAAUUGAAUGCAUCUCCUUGGAUAUUUCUAAAAUAAAAGAGAUAAACUUGAAGUGCAAUGCUUUCUUGAAGAUGCAAAACCUCAGAUUCUUGGACUUUUAUUGCCCGGACAAGCUAAAUCGACAUGGUUUCGGGAGGAGGCAUUUUUAUUGCGUGUGUUGCACAGUGGAUGAAUGGUCUUGUGAAUAUUGCACAGUGGAUGAAGAGAAUGUGAAUAAGGUGCAUGCUUUGCAGGGCCUAGAAUUCAGUCCAUGUAACAUAAGGUUCUUUCGCUGGUUUGGAUAUCCUUUGGAUUCAUUGCCAUCAAAUUUUGAGGUGGAAAAUCUUUUUGCACUUAUCAUGCCGUGGAGCAAAAUCAAACAACUCUGGAAUGGUCUCCAGCCUUUAGAAAAGUUGAAGCAUAUCAACCUCAUCCACUCAAAGCACCUAAUUAGAAUUCCAGAUCUCUCAUUAGCCCCAAAUCUUGAGAGUUUGAUUCUACAAGGUUGUACAAGUUUGAUUGAGGUUCAUUCAUCAAUUCAAUAUCUAAAUAAGCUGGAUAUCUUGAAUCUUAAAGGUUGCAAAAACCUUAACAGUCUUCCUGCCAACAUUCAAUCAAAAUUUCUCAUUCUCUCUGGUUGCUCAACUCUCAAGAAGGCUCCAAAGAUCACAUGUAGCAUGGAAAAAGUAUAUUUUGAUGGAACAUCUAUAAUAGAGUUGUCCUUGAUUGAAUUUCCAUCAAGACUAGAAUGCUUGGAUCUUGAAGACUGUUCAAGGCUUGAAAGUCUCCCAAGCAACAUUUGUGAGUUGAAGACUCUGAGGGCACUUAAUCUCAAAGGUUGCUCAAAACUCCAUAAUUUGCCCCAGCAGUUAGGAAAAUUGAAGGGACUUUCUAAAUUGUCCUUGAGCGGAUAUAGGAUUCAAGAUCCAAAGGUGAAUUCAGUAUGGCCUUUUUUAUCAGAUUUGAGCUUUCUAGAUGACUUAGAUUUAUCUAAUUGUCGAAUCAUGAGGUUAUCCGACACUCUUGGUAAGUUUUACUCUUUAAGAGAGUUAAAUCUAAGCAGAAACAAUUUUGAAUGGAUACCAUCAAGCUUCAAACAACUUAAAUUGGACUGUCUAGACAUAAGUUAUUGUGAGAGGCUUAAAUGCUUACCAUUAAGUGCUAUGAUUGUUAAAGCAUACAAUUGUAUAUCAUUGGAGUCAUAUGAUUUUGAUUUAUCCUCGUGGGUGGCGCAGGCCAACUUUGGUAACUGUUUAAAACUGGAUCAGAACGGACAGAAACAAUGGGGGAUGUUCUAUUCGAGAUAUCUUUUGCUCUUUCCUGGAAAUGAAAUUCCAGAGUGGUUCAGCUUCCAAAAUGUGGGAUCUUCUAUAACUCUCGAGGGGCUACCACUACCUCAUUGGAAACUCUUAUCUAAUUUGACAAUGUGUCUUGUUGUAACAUCUCAAGACCAUAACAAAGCUCCCCAAAAUUUGGAGUUUUGUUGUAAGGUGAUUGACAUAGAUGAAAAUGAUAAUAAGGUGGAGCUCACAGAUAAAGUGAGUGGCAUUGAUAGUAAUUUGAAAGUUGAGAAAGUUAAGCAGAAAUUGGAGCUUUUUGGGAUAAUUUGCAACGAUUCUUGUAUUCCUGGACUUGCUUCUGUGGCUUUAGUGUAA